ACAUUCAGGUUUUACUUCUCUCUGUCAGGGUCGAAAAUAUCAGUCGCAUAAACAACUUGGAAGUGGUACGUUAGGUACAACUUACUUCGUGACUGGGUUUAUAUAGCUGGAGGAUUUCUGUUCUUUUUCUGGUUCUAACUCUAGGUUGUGGAGAGAUUUGCCUUAGUGUGUGAAGGCAGCUCAGUUUUAGUAAUGGCGACAGCUGCGGUAUCUGCCCCCGCUGGCGGCGGACCUAACCCCGGAUCCGGAGCUGAGUUGGUCCGCGGUCAAGCCUUCGAUGUCGGGCCCCGUUACAGUAACCUGUCGUACAUUGGAGAAGGAGCUUACGGCAUGGUUUGUUCAGCCUAUGACCGGGAGAACAAAGUGCGUGUGGCCAUUAAGAAGAUCAGCCCCUUCGAGCACCAGACGUACUGCCAGCGUACCCUGCGCGAAAUUAAAAUCCUGCUCCGCUUCAAACACGAGAACAUCAUCGGCAUCAACGACAUCAUCCGCGCACCCUCCAUCGACACGAUGAAAGACGUCUACAUCGUCCAGGACCUGAUGGAGACAGAUCUGUACAAGCUUCUGAAGACGCAACAUCUGAGUAACGACCACAUCUGUUACUUCCUGUACCAGAUUCUGCGAGGGCUGAAGUACAUCCACUCUGCCAACGUCCUCCAUCGGGACCUUAAGCCAUCCAACCUGCUGCUCAACACCACCUGCGAUCUCAAGAUCUGUGACUUUGGGCUGGCCCGUGUGGCUGACCCAGACCACGACCAUACCGGGUUCCUGACGGAGUACGUCGCCACCCGCUGGUACCGUGCCCCCGAGAUCAUGCUCAACUCAAAGGGUUACACUAAGUCCAUUGACAUCUGGUCUGUGGGCUGCAUCUUAGCGGAGAUGUUAUCCAACAGGCCCAUCUUCCCAGGCAAACAUUACCUGGACCAACUCAACCACAUCUUAGGAAUCCUGGGCUCUCCCUCACAGGAGGAUUUGAACUGUAUCAUCAACAUUAAAGCCAGGAACUACCUGCUCUCUCUCCCCCUGCGCUGCAAAGUGCCCUGGAACCGCCUUUUCCCCAACGCUGACCCUAAAGCAUUGGACCUGUUGGAUAAGAUGUUGACCUUUAACCCCCAUAAGAGGAUUGAGGUGGAGGAGGCGUUGGCCCACCCCUAUCUGGAGCAGUACUAUGACCCCACAGAUGAGCCCGUGGCUGAAGCUCCAUUUAAGUUUGACAUGGAGCUGGACGACUUGCCCAAAGAGACACUGAAAGAGUUGAUCUUCGAAGAGACCGCACGGUUCCAGCCCGGACACAGGCCCUAGACACACUCAC